AUGGCCGAGGACGACGAGCAGCCCGCGGAGGAGGCCGGCGGCGAGACGGAGGCGGCGAGCGCCUGGAACAUCUUGCAGUCUCCGGCGGGCAAGCUCGUCGCCGCCGCCGGCGGAGGCUUCGUCGCUUACCAGUGCCUGCGGGCGGCCUCGGCGAUCGGCGACGACGCGCCCGCGCACGUGCAGCGUGAUCUCCUCGAGCAGACCUUCACCUUCGGCAAGAAGAAGUUGGACGAGGCCUGCGAGGGCUUCUCUCUUCUCUACGGAGCGUUCGGGCUCGCUCCGAAGAAGAAGCCCAAGGCGAAGGCGCCCGCGGCGGCUCCCGCGCCGGCGCCGGCCGCGGCGGCUCCCGCGCCGGCGCCGGCCGCGGCGGCUCCCGCGCCGGCGCCGGCCGCGGCGGCUCCCGCGCCGGCGCCGGCCGCGGCGGGCGACGCGGAGGACGCGGAGGACGGGAAGCAGCAGCGCAAGGAGGACGGGAAGAAGCGGCGCAAGGAGAAGCGGCGGGCGAAGAAGAAGCGGAAGGAGGAAGAGAAAGCGAAGGCCGCCGCCGCGCCGCCGGAGGCGCCGGAGACGCCGCGGGCUCCGCCCAAGGAGCGGCGCGAGGCGACGCCGCCGCCGCCGCCGCGGCGCGACGACGACGACGACGACCGCGACGAGGAGGCGGCGGAGACGGCUCCCGCCGCCGAAGUCGACGACGCCGACGAGCCGGUCGCGGUGGACGAUCCCAAGAAAAUCAUUUCGCGGGACCUGCUCAUCGCCUACGACCAGGAGAACCCGAAGCGGCCCGGGACGAACAGCCACUUCCGCUACGAGGCCUACAAGCGGGCGACGAGCGGCGCGGCCUUCCUCGCGCUCGGAGGAACGGUCGCCGACCUACGCUACGACCUCGGCCGCGGCUUCGUCGUCGCGGGCGCUCCGCGUCGCGCGCACAAGAACUGCGGCGCCCUCGUCGUCGCGGUCCCCAAGACCUCCUACGACCUCGACGCGGACGCCGUCGACGACGACGGCCAGCACUCCGACGACGAAUGCGAGCCCGCCGCGGAAUCGGGGCUCUACGGGCGGAAGCGGAAGCAGCGGACGCUGUUCCUCGCCGAGUGCGCGAGCCCCGCGAAGGGCCUCGCGGCCGUCGCGGGCCGGGGCGCGCCGACGGCCGGCGCCGCGCCGCGCCGCGCCGACGCGGCCUGCUUCUUCGGCGCGCGGUCGAAGAAGCCCUUCUUCCACGACACCGCGGGCUUCGCGGCCGCCGCGGGCUUCGCGGCCGCGGGCGCCGCGGGCGCCGCCGCGGCCGCGGGCGCCGCCGCCGGGGCGCCGGCCUCGCGCGCCGCCGCCUCGGCGCGCAUGCGGCGCAUGAGCUUCUCCGCGUUCUCCGUGCUCGGCGCGUCCGCCGCCGCGCGCCGCGGCUUCGACUGGAAGAAGCCCGAGCCCCACUGGUCGCCCGUGACCGUGGACCGCGCGCGCGCCUUCUUCCCCGCGCCCGCGGCCUCCUGCGCCUCGAGGUCGUCGAGCCGCCGCAUGAGCGCGUCGAAGUCGCCGAGGCCCUUCUCCGGCGCCUGCGCCGUCGCGUCCGCCGCCGCCGCGGCGAACGCCGCGCGCUCCGCCGCCGCGCGGUCCUCCUGCUCCGGCGUGCCCCGGGGCGCCGCGUUGGGCGGCGGGCCGGGCUUAAGCGCCAUGCGCCUCGCGCUGCUCGCCGCCGCGUGCCCGUACGCUUUGGCGCUGCCCUGGAGCCGCAUCGCCUGCAUGGGCGACUCCAUCACGCGCGGCGACACGACCCACACCGACGAGCCCGAGGAGGGCAAGCUCGACCGGGGCAACUACCCGAAAACGUUGGGAAACCUCCUCGGCGUCGACGUCGAGAACUUCGGCGCGUCCGGCGCGUCCGUGUCGGGCAAGCGGGGCUACGUCGGCACGGACGAGUACGAGGACGCCGUCGACUUCGACCCGGACUGCGUCGUCGUCAUGCUCGGCAUCAACGACGCGAAGCUCGCGUGGGACGAGGACGACUUCGUCGAGGCCUACGCCGACCUGGUGGAGGAAACGAUCGCCGACGCGCCGAACGUCGAGGCCGUCUUCGUCGCGGCGCCCUACCUCGCCGUCGGCACGUGCUGCGACAUCGACAUGGACCUCGUCAACGGCGAGAUCCCCGACGCCGUCGCGGCCUUCGUGGAGGCGCGCGGCGGCGACUUCGCCGUGCCCGUGCGGUUCGUCGACGCGCGGGCCGCGUGGCUGCAGGCGACGGGCUGCGACCUGUGCUGCGACGCGUCCGACGUCGACGGCGCCUGCGAGGCCUACUACGACGACGACGGCAUGCACACGUCCGACCGCGGCAGCGACGUCCUCGCGGCCAUCGUCCGGGACGCGCUCGAGGGCUUCGCGGGCGCGCCGACCUACGCGCCGACCUACGCGCCGACCUACGCGCCGUCGCGCGCGCCGACCUACGCGCCGACGGCGAGGCCGACGCGGCCGCCGACGAAGCGGCCGACGCGGCCGCCGACGCGCGCGCCCGUCGACUCCACGGCCGCGCCCGCGCCCGCGCCGACGGUCGCGCCGACGGUCGCGCCGACGCCCGCGCCCGUGGCCGCGCCGCCCGUGGCCGCGCCGCCCGUGGCCGCGCCGACGCCCGCGCCCGUGGCCGCGCCGACGACCGCGCCCGUGGCCGCGCCGACGCCCUCGCCCGUGCCCGCGCCGCCCGUGCCCGCGCCGACGCCCGCGCCUGUGGCCGCGCCGCCCGCGCCGACGCCCGCGCCCGUGGCCGUGCCCGCGCCUCGGCGCCUCUACAAGAACACGGAGCUCGGCGAGGGCCUCGACGACUCGCUCGUCGGGUCGCCGCCGCCGCCGCCGCCGGCGACGCCCGCGAGCCCCUUCGCCGAAGGCGCCGGCGCGGAGCCCAUCCGGCUCCGGAGCGGCAUGGUCCUCACGAUCCUGGACCCGCGCGAGGGCUUCGUCGAGACGCCCGCGCGCGGCGUCCGAGAGCCCGCGCGGGGCCACGUCGUCGCGUCGCCGAAGCAGGCGGGCUUCGUCGUCUCCGAGUUCGCGGAUCUGUGCACGGACCUCGAGUCGCCGCGAACGCGCCGCGUCGUCACGCCGCCCCAGGACCUCCACAAGGUCGACCUCGAGGUCGCCGUGGCGAAGACGCCGGCGCACGGGGCGCGAACGGCGACGCGGCCGCCGUCCGUGACCGUCGACGACGACGACGCGGCGCCGCGGCGGUCGUCCUUCGUCGAGGUCCUCCUCGGCGACGCGGACUGGCCCGCCGGGCCGAGCCCCGCGUGGCACAAGCGCGCCGGCCAGCUCUCCGCGGAACUCUGA